AGCCUUGACUCACUAGAAUUCUGUCACUCCUCUCUCUGUGAAAACAUCGCCACUUUCUGCGUAGGGUUUUGUGUAUUCUCUCUCUCGCGCAGUGGCGCACACUUCCUGAAGCUACCAGUUAAAGGUUGGUGCUCCAUUGACAGCCAAUCGGUUGGCUGGUAUCGCAACCCCUUCUUAAAGUGGGACCAAAAUUCAGGAUCUACUCUAUUCUUGGCAAUCUGUUUGCCAAUGUUGUGAAUUGAAUGAGCUGGUACUUGAUGUGGUGAUGACAACUGGGCAUCCUAAGUUUCUGCUAUCUGCUUGAAGCAGUUUUUAUUAUUUGAUAUCUGAGUACAUGCUUACCUGGCUUUGUAAUAUGAAUUAUAUUUUAUAUUCCUUUUCAGCACGUGCAUUUUGAUUUGUUCUAAAUUCUGAAGCUGUGACGUAAAAUCUGUUUAAUCAAACAUGCCGCCAAAUCCAAGAGUCGCAAAAGCCUUUCGUGCUAUGAAGGUUAUGGGGAUUUCUGAGGACAAGGUGAAGCCGGUACUGAAAGAUCUGCUAAAAUUGUAUGAUAAAAACUGGGAGCUUAUUGAAGAGGAAAGUUAUAGAGCCCUUGCCGAUGCUAUAUUUGAGAGAGAGGAAGCUGAGGCAGCAGGGCCUUCAAAGAAGAUUUCGAAUAAUGAAGCUGCAGGGCCUUCAAAGAAGAUUGUAAAUAAUGAACAAGAGGACUAUUUGGAGGAAGAAGCACUGGCGAACGAAGAGACUGUGCGACCCUUAAAAAGGUUGCGACUAAGACACCAGGAAGGUCAACCUUCCUCCCACACUACCUCUAAUGCUAGCUUGCCAGUUACUGCACUUAUUGUACCUAAAGAAGAAAAGGAUGAACUACCUGAAACCCAUCUGCUGAACCAGAAUAAGUCUCCCAGCACGGUGGACUCACCUCAGGCCAAUGCUGGUAACACAUUGCAGGUUGUCGCAUCCCAGUCACUUGCUAAAAAUAAAGGAAAACAACCUGUUUCUCCUAAGGCUUUGAUGGUCCAAGAAAGAUGCGAUCCCUCUCAGCCCAGUGGUGUUGAUAAAAGUAAGCAAAAGACCCCAUUGAGAACUGAACCUAGUCCUGCUUCUCAUACAAUGCGUCCGAGAGACAAAGGAAAGGGAACGGUUUCACCUCAAACUCCAUCUGGGGGGAAGAGGUCAGUUUCCGAGAGGUUGUCUGAUGCUGUAAGAAUUAAGGAGCCAAACGUCAUGCCUGACAUUGUUGUGACACCGAAAGAGAAGACCACUGCAAGUCAGGCUUUAAUUAAGCCUAAAGAUGAGCCAAUCACAGAUGAAAUGCCACAGUUAAACAUUUCUGCUGCAGUCAUCCAUCCAGAUCCAUCAAACAAGGGAGAAUCAUCAAGUAGAAAUGUUGCAGUCGGAGAAAAUGAUGGUCUUGAAUCCUUAGAAUUACACUCCAUGCUUGAAAAAGUUACAGCUGAUGGAACUGCUGCUUCAGAAAAAACUAGAAACAAUGGUGAUCUGGCUAUAAUCUCAGGUGACUGUUCUUCUAACCUAGAGAUAGCUUCCUCGCAUUUUGGAGAGGUGAGAAUCUCUUUGAGCUGUGACCUGGCUCUUGGAAGGCCUGGCUUCCACAUGCCUAGUCUUGAUGCAGUUCUUAAGUCCGUGGAGGAAAAAUGUCUCAGAUCAUACAAAAUUUUGGAUCCAAAUUUUUCAGUGAUGAAUCUUAUGAAAGAUAUGUGUGAUAGCUUUCUGAAUUUAGGAUCCGAGUCCACUAAUGAAAUUUCAGAAAGCAUAGAUGUGACAUCAACAAUUGAUCUAGUUAAAAAAUCUUAUGCAGCUGAUGCUCUAGGUGCUACAGGCUUGGGCUUUAGUUCUUUGAACAGUUCAGUUAGUCCUCAGUUUGAUGAGGAGGUAGCUCUUCCUCGAACGCCACUACUGCCUCCACCUUGCCAUGGCGAGGAUGAUGGUACACAGUCUAACAAUAUGGAUAGUGGAGAUGACGGUGAGAAACGUAAAGAUGACACUGAGGAUGGUUUUGAAGAUACAAACUCCCAGAGUUUGGUGGCCCUUCAGCAGCAUCAAUUGGCCCCUGAAUUGAUAAGGCCGCUCCAUGAUGUUAUUGACAUAGCAAAGGGACAUGAAAGAGUGGUAAUUACACUGGUGAAUGAAGUCAAUAAUGAGUUUCCACCACUUUUCUACUACAUACCCCAGAGUGCAGUUUUCCAAAAUGCAUCUGUGAACUUCUCUCUUGCUUGUAUAGGUGAUAGUAAUUGUUGUUCGGCUUGCUUUGGUGAUUGUCUAUCUAAUUCCACACCUUGUGCAUGUGCACAUGAAACCAGAGGCGAGUUUGCUUACACAGCAGAUGGCCUUGUCAAGGAGGAAUUUCUUGAAGAAUGUAUUUCUAUGAACCAUGAUCCUGAAAAGCACUGCCAGGUUUUCUGCAAGGAAUGCCCAGUGGAAAGAUCAAAAACUGAGGAUACCAUUGAAUCUUGCAAAGGUCAUUUGGUAAGGAAGUUCAUCACGGAAUGUUGGUGGAGAUGUGGCUGCAAUAAACAAUGUGGCAAUCGAGUGGUGCAGAGGGGCAUAACUUGUAAUCUACAGGUGUUUAUGACCCUUGAAGGAAAAGGUUGGGGGCUACGUACCCUGGAGGACCUGCCAAAAGGUGCCUUUGUUUGUGAGUAUGUUGGAGAAAUUUUAACCUACUCAGAGCUCUUUGAUCGUGUUUCGAAAAGCUCCAAUGGGAAGGGGAAUUCAAAUCCUGUACUUUUGGACGCUGAUUGGGGUUCGAAAGCAGUUCGAAAGGAUGAGGAGGCGUUAUGCUUGGAUGCUACAGAUUAUGGAAAUGUAGCAAGGUUUAUUAAUCACAGAUGUCGAGACUCAAACUUGGUAGAGAUACCGGUGCAAGUGGAGAUCCCUGAUCACCACUAUUAUCAUUUGGCCUUCUUCACUACGAGAAAGGUGAAUGCCAUGGAAGAACUCACUUGGGACUAUGGUAUUGAUUUUGACGACCAUGACCAUCUUGUUAAGCCAUUUCGAUGUCAAUGCGGUAGCAACUUCUGCCGCAACAUUAAGCGUUACAGAUCUAAAUCAGCAUCUAGGGGAUGAGGCUCAAUGGCUGUUGUUUCUGUGUUGCUGUUUUGACAUUGUCACCUUGGCCCGUGAUAGAAUAUUGGAUUAUAGUAGACUGCACUGGUUUUGAAUCUUUUGAUGGACAAGCUAUAAUAUAUCUAUCGAUUCAGCUUAAGUAUAAUAUCGUAUCUUAGCUUUCCUUUGUAAUGUUGCAAGUCUUAUGUGGUAAUGAGCCUUGGAUGGCAGACAAGUUGAGUUCGUAUGUGGUUGCACUUGAAAGUUGAGACUCUAUUUAUUUAAGCAUGUUUUGAAUUGAAGGACUUUUUUGGUUUU